UCAAUUUGGGCGCCAAAUCCAGUGAUUUCGAAACGAAUCGUCUUUUAAAUUGGUUUGCAUAUAAGAUUUCGUGAUGAAGGAAACAGCAAAGGAAUCUACAUCUACAGCUGGUGAUGGAGUCGAGCAGACGAAGCGACGGAAUUUGCCUUGGAUUGAAAAGUAUCGACCAGUAAAGUUCGAGGAAAUUGUAGGCAAUGAGGAUACAGUUAGUCGAUUGGCCGUGUUUGCUACGCAAGGAAAUGCUCCAAAUAUAAUUAUUGCAGGCCCACCUGGUGUAGGCAAAACCACAACAAUUCAAUGUCUCGCUCGAAUCCUCCUCGGCGACAGUUACAAAGAUGCAGUUCUCGAACUCAAUGCAUCCAAUGAGCGCGGCAUUGAUGUUGUUCGUAACAAAAUCAAAAUGUUCGCCCAACAAAAAGUAACACUACCACGUGGACGACAUAAAAUUGUGAUUCUCGAUGAAGCCGAUAGCAUGACCGAGGGAGCACAACAAGCCUUGCGGCGGACAAUGGAAAUUUACAGCAACACAACACGCUUUGCAUUAGCCUGCAACACAUCCGAAAAAAUCAUUGAACCUAUUCAAUCUCGUUGUGCAAUGCUUCGUUUUUCCAAACUCUCAGAUGCUCAAAUAUUGGCGAAACUUAUUGAAGUUUGUCAGCGUGAAAAUUUGAGUUACGACGAGGAAGGUCUUGAGGCUGUUGUAUUCACGGCCCAGGGAGAUAUGCGACAGGCUUUGAAUAAUUUACAGUCGACGGCGAACGGAUUUGGUCAUAUAAGCGGCGAGAAUGUUUUCAAGGUUUGUGAUGAACCGCAUCCGAUGCUGCUUCAGGAUAUGCUUCAACAUUGUAUUCAGAAUGAUAUUCAUAAGGCUUAUAAGAUAUUGGCGAAAUUGUGGCGUUUGGGCUAUGCAGCUGAGGAUAUAAUUGGAAAUAUUUUCCGAGUGUGUAAGCGAAUGUCGAUGGAUGAGCAGUUGAAGUUGAUUUUUAUACGGGAAAUUGGGAUGACACACAUGAAAAUAGUUGAUGGAUUGGGAUCUUUGUUGCAGUUGACCGGUUUGUUAGCUAGAUUGUGUAAAGCUUCAGAAAUGGCAUGAAGAAA